UGAAGUUGGGUUCAAGACAGUUGCAUGUCGCGUUUAGUUUUGAAUGAAGUUAGCACCCGAUUGGUUGGUUGUUUGCAUGUGUGCGCUGCGCUCGCGCCACCGGUGUUGAAAAAACUCGUCCAAGAUGUGCGCUAUGACAGAAGACCAGAGGAAUAUAAUACAUCAGCAUUUUCAUGAAAUGGGCAUGAAAUGUAUAAAAGACAACCCUGUAUCUGCAGAGGACAUCGCCUUACUGAAAGCUAAGCAAAAGCCUACUGGGCCUAACGCCCCUUGUUUCUUAGCCUGCGUGCUCAGAUCAUCCGGUAUUAUGGAUAGUCAAGGUAUGCUGCAAAAAGAAACAAUGCUUGAAAUGGCAAAGUCAGUGUUCAACGAUCCUGAGGAAUUGAAGUCGAUCGAGGAUUACCUGCAUUCCUGCUCUCACGUGAACACCGAGGCAGUGAGCGAUGGAGAGAAGGGCUGUGAGCGUGCGAUGCUCGCACACCAGUGCAUGGUGGAUAACGCUGCUCAGUUUGGAUUCGACAUAUAAAUAAAAGGUAGAAGAAGGAGA